AUGGCUCAUCCCCACAAGGCCGGCAAAACUGCUCCCCGGCUAGCGGAGGACAUACGAUUGUACGAUCCAGCCCAUCCUCCAGGUACCGGCCGCAACCUGCUCUCCGAAGUACCGCCAGUAUUCCAAGAACGUCGUGAUGGGCCACAAGACUGGAUAUCUUCCGAGGCGUGCCAGCAUAAAUACUUAAUAAAAGCGGACCAAACUUUCCUGGCGCAGGAAGAGCUGAAAAGAAGGCCGGGUGCAUCAUCCAAAGUGUCUGCCAUUUGCUCAAGGUGCCGGUGCCAUCUACAGGUAGUGGUCAAUCACAAUAGUGGUGGAAAUACUUUCGCACGACAAACCCGAGAGGGCCACCUUCAUCAUCUUGUGUACAAGUCAGGAAGGCAACACGGCACAUCAUCUGUUGAGGUGACAGAGCAGGGGCAGGUGGUUGAAACAUUCCACUAUCAAUGCUCCCAUAUUUCGUGCUCGGCUAUGGUAUCGCUGCGGAUCCUGUCUCCUCUCCUCAAUCCGCAUUUUUUAUAUCUCCUGACAGAUCCAGAAGCGAUUCGCCAGCGAGCGGAGGAAGCGAUCGCGGCUGAGCCAGAGCGCUUGGAGGGCAUGGCGAAGCCUUUGCCUAUAAAUGUCUUGGACAACCUGCGUCUCUACCUUUCCAACUCUCUUCACAACAACAAACUCAGCAAAGCUAUCUCUGGGAAGAACAAACGUUUUAUGAUUUCCUUCGGUGUGGACGGUAAACCUUGUCAACAGCUCUUAGAGUUUCUUGGCUUUACGUACCGUGAGGAUCAAACUUGGCAACCUCCUCAGCCAGAUCCGAGAGCGGAGACUCCAUACCAAGAUGCACUCUGUGUAUUCCUUGACGACGUCAUCCAUGAGUUACUUUCAUUAAUUAACUACCGACCCUUAUCGGAAAGAAAAGGAGUCACAGUUCCAAAUCUACCUCCAACUGCAUCAGACAGUAUCCUUCAAGCUUUGGAGGCCUCGAACUAUUCGAAAACACCCCGCGCCGAAAACUUCGAAAUGGCUUACGCUCCGUAUUACGAAGAUCUUGGAGUGGUCGAAAACAUGGACACUCCGUUAAUUAUUGACGCCUACCGCCGACAAGUUUCCUUAGAUUCGGCCAAUGCACCUCAUUACCUCGAAUGUCUCAAAUCCAUUGGCAUGCUCCGUGGUGGCCAAGACUGGGAAUGUAUUGAUCAGGCUGUCCAGGCCGCCUAUGCAGAAGGGAAGUAUACCAUGAACGACUUGGACGCGGCAUACAAUUAUUUCCAUCUCUCACGAGAGGAUUCAAGCAUCACCGAAGACAACAUCAUUGGGAAGUAUUACGCAUACCUGGGCUCGGUCAGCCAGAGUGACCAGAUAUUGGAAGCUGCACGGAAUUUGUGGCGGAUUGGCAACAGCAGGAGUAGCGAUCGUAUAAUGGCCGUUUCUGAAGAUCGCGUUGGUACUGCGGAACAGGCUGAAGUUUUCCUCGGCAUCGACGCAAACACCCCGGAUGACUUUAUCAUCACCAUGUACACUGCAAAGCUCACCGACAAUCCAGCUUGUAAAGAUUUGGCGGACAAGGCACUUAAGCUGAUUGCGGAGAAUCGAAACUCAAUUGGGUUGAAACAUUUCCUUGAUACUGGUGAAACGGUGGAGGGUGACAUGGAUAUUGGGGAUGCAUACCGCCUGCUCCAAAUUCCAGACCGGACUGCUGAUGCCGACGCUGUCAUAGCAGCGUACACCAUCUGCGUCAAUGAAAAUGCCGGCCAAGCCGAAACCUAUCACCGUGCUUUGAGCAUUAUUGCAAAGGAAAUGGACAAUGUCGGCCUAAAGAACUUGGCUGGCAUCUCUACUGAGCCAGAUCGUGAUUUGUUGGAGUGGCCCGUUGGCCUGCAAAACAUUGGCAAUACAUGCUAUCUCAACAGUCUCCUCCAGUUCUACUUCUCAGUCCGCCCCUUCCGAGACAUGGUCCUUGAUUUUGAAAAACAUCAAAUGGACCUGAAUGAUGAGCAGAGUGUUUUUCAAAAGCAGGUCGGAUCUCGAAAGGUAGCCAAGAAAGAAAUCGAGCGUUCGCUCAAGUUUCUUGGGGAGCUUCGUAAUCUGUUCCAUGAAAUGAUCGGCUCUACAAGAUCUUCCGUUAUUCCUGGCCCGGAGCUUGCACGAUUGACUUUGAUUAGUCCUGGGGGCGAAGCUGCUAUUCGUCGCAGGUCCACGAUAGGAAAGUCCUCAAGUCUGGGUGAAAUUGAAGGAGCACCUAUUCUAGGACCUCUUGGACCCCCUCCUCCUAUUGCGGAGGAGCAAAAUGACCAGACAGUAGCCUCCGAAGUCGCCAAGUCGGUCCAUGCCAAAGACCCGAACCCUGCUGGUGUGGGUAGUGAUGCUGCCUUGUUGUCUGAUGACAUUGAGCGCGAAGGUCUCGGUGACAACGAAGAUUGUGAUGUCCUUUCGCCAAAGACAGGGGAGCCUGAAGGAGGGGUUCCUCUUGACUCCGAUUCCAAAGCCCCUAGUCGUCCGCCGCCGGUCCCCCCUCGCCCAGUUCCGGAAGUCGAUCGCCAGAGGCAAUUGAUUGAAGAAGUCGAGAUCGGUGCCCAGCAAGACGUCACCGAGGUGAUCAACAAUGUUCUUUUCCAGAGUCAAUGUGCCAUUAAACCAAUUCGUGUGGCCGCCGAUGGCGAACAGGUUGACCAGAUCAAAGACUUGUUCUACGGUCAAACUCGGUCCUACAUCUCCACUGGGAAAGGGACCCGAUCCAAGGAGGAACGAUGGUGUGAUAUCAAAGUUAAUGUGGCAGGUGGUUCGCGUGAUAUCUAUGCUGCGAUUGAUGGAGCUUUUGAUGCCCAGAAAAUCAGCGUUGAAGAUACUGAAGCCGAGCAAUACGGAUCUAUCACUCGACUGCCUCCAAUCUUGCAGAUCCAGGUUCAGCGGGUUCAAUUUGAUCCGGUGAAGAAGAGCUCUUUCAAGUCGACACACCACCUUGAAUUGCUGGAGACUAUCUACAUGGACCGAUACAUGGACACUCAGAAAUCGGAAAUUGUGGAUCGUCGUCGUCGGUGCUGGGAGUGGAAAAUCGCACUAAAGUCACUAGAAGCUCGUAAGGCUGAGCUACUUCGAAAGCAGGAGGAGGACGGCCUCACUAUGUCCCAGCUACUCAGCAACGCCAAGGAAGCUCUAGAAGGCUUGGAGGAAAUAACCGCGGAGGACUCUUCGCAGAUUGAAUCGUUAUCAUCUGAGCUAGAUCUUCUCUCUGAGAGCGCGAAUGCCGAGCUCCAAGCGAUCGAUCAACAGGCACAGGACACCAAAGCGAUGAUCUCGAACCAAUUCGCUGAGUACCGCAACCUUCCCUACCGCCUGUACGCGGUCUUUGUACACCAUGGCUCCGUCUCUUUUGGUCAUUACUGGAUCUACAUCUACGACUUUCGGAAGGACAUGUGGCGCAAGUACAACGACGAGUAUGUGACCGAAGUCAAAAAUCUGGAUGAGAUCUUCAAGAACACCGGUACCUCCAACCCGCCCACACCUUACUUCCUAGUCUACAUCAACGAGAAAAUGAAAGAACGCCUCGUCGAUCCUGUCUGUCGCGACAUUGUCCAGCACAUGCCGGAUGCCCCGAUCGCCGAGACCUCUGCAGAGGUACCCCUCGCCAUGGAAGGUAUUCAGGCCACUCAACCUCCUGAGGACGUGGACAUGGGUCUGCCUUCAUAUGAUGAGGUGGCCGGUGCAGGAAAGGAUUUGUCUCAGUCCAGCGUUGAUCCCAACCCCUGA